CUGCGCCUGCGCGCGCUCCAGCUGUGAGCCGCUCGGCUUCGGGGACCCGUGGUCUCCCGGCCGAGGCCGCGUGGCUGCGCGUUGGCUGUCUCCAUGGCAGCAGAGACCACUUGGUGAGGGGGCCGCCCACCAGGCUCCUCUGUCCAGUCGAGGCACCGCGGAUUCAUCUGCGCCGCGAGGCACCGCCCCCGACAGGGCGCCCCCCAAGUGCUGGGAACUGGCCCAGCGCCUACCCUUUCCGGCCCCCGCAGCCCGGCGAGGAGCCUUAAAUGUGUGGCCAGGACACCGGCUUUCCCUAAUGGCUUUCAUCUGCCUUUCCAAGUGAUAUCAAGCGCCAGCAUGCUGUCCCUUGGCCUUAUCAGUGACAGGGGCUUCAGAAGGAACAAGCCCAUUAACGCUAAGUCAUUGCGGAUGAGGGAUAGGUCAGUCACCUCAGCAAGCAGUUGAUGACCUUCCUCCUGUGCUCCUGUACCAACUGACAUUGCUUAGGAAGAGUUCCUGAGAUCUAAUUAAGAUCCAUCCUUCUCCCUGCUCUGUCCCAGCGCCCUAUAAGGACUCCCAAGCCAUAAUGAAAGUUCUCUUACUGAAAGACGCCAAGGAGGAUGACUGUGGCCAAGAUCCGUACAUCAGGGAAUUGGGGUUAUAUGGACUCGAAGCCACUCUGAUCCCUGUUUUAUCAUUUGAGUUUUUGUCUCUUCCCAGUUUUUCUGAGAAGCUGUCUCAUCCUGAAGGCUAUGGAGGACUCAUUUUUACCAGCCCCAGAGCAGUGGAAGCAGUGGAGCUGUGUUUGGAGAAAGACAAUAAAACGGAAGUCUGGAAACAUUCUCUGAGAGAAAAAUGGAAUGCUAAGUCAGUGUAUGUGGUCGGAAAUGCUACUGCUUCUCUAGUGAAGAAAAUCGGCCUGGACACAGAAGGAGCAAACUCUGGAAAUGCAGAAAAGCUUGCAGAAUACAUCUGUUCCCGGGAGUCACCGGCAUUGCCCCUUCUGUUUCCCUGUGGAACCGUCAAAGGAGAAAUCCUGCCGAAAAUGCUCAAGGACAGAGGGAUCCCCAUGGAAAGCAUAACUGUCUAUCAGAAGAUCCCACACCCAGGAAUCCAAGUGAACCUCAACAGCUACUAUUCUAAGCAGGGCGUUCCGGCCAGCAUCACGUUCUUCAGUCCCUCCGGCCUUACAUACAGCCUCAGGCACAUUCAAGAGUUAUCUGGUGACAGCAUCGAUCGAAUUAAGUUUGCCGCCAUCGGCCCCAGCACAGCCCGUGCGCUGACCGCCCAGGGCCUGCGUGUGAGCUGCAUGGCCGAGAGCCCCACGCCGCUGGCCCUGGCCAAGGGUCUCCAGGUGGCCCUUCAGGCUCCCAACUGCUGAGACGGUGACCAUUCCCACUGCGCUGCUGUCCCCGGCCCAGGGCACCGUGCUGCUGCUGCUGCGGGGAAGUGGCGAGCCAUCGGCAGGGUCCCCACACCUCGGCCUCGUGCCUCCGCAGGGCCCCUGGGGCUGGCAAGAGCUCCUCUGGCAGAGGCAAGAAAACCAAAUAAACCGCCCAGCUCCCGGCACCGACUGUGUUGUCCCUCGCUGUGUGUUGUUUUGCACACAGAGCCGUGUCCGCGGGGGAAACAGAUGCACCCACGUUCCAAGAGCCGCCAGAGCCAGCAGGCACGAGAACAUCUGUGUAGGAAGCAGCUUCGUUCAUCUUAGAGAAGGGACCUGAAAGUUCCUGCCUGUGCGCUGUGGGCAGUUGCCGUGCCGAUGAGAGACCGUCUUCCCUUCCGAGCUGAAAUGCAGCUGAGGCCAGGCAGGGCGUCUGCGGGGCGGGGAGGUGGGUUUACACAGAAGACCUUUGUCUGCAAGGUGCCAGGCCUGCGGACAGGCUUGGGGACUCUGCCCACAAACUUUAUUUCCACUUUUAAAAUCUUGGCCUGGAACCUGAGCUGGGUAGACUACAACCCGCGUCUGUCCAUUCGGUCACGUGAGCUGGUGGCAGGAAGGAGGGGUGUCUGACCCGGCAGCUGUGUCACGCUAGCAAUCCUGCCUUCUCCUUCUUAUUCCCCUUAACGAUCUGAGGCGGGGACGCCACUAUGACUCCUGUUUCUCUAGGGAAGAACCUGAGACUCGCGGCAUUAAAUGCCUUGCUUAGGGUCACCCAGCGAGUGAGUGACCAGCCAGAAUGCUCCGCAAGGUACUUGGGGACGUAAAGCACAGAGGCCCAGACUGAUGGCACUCCGGAGCUGCCUCACCUCCACGUGACCUUAGCAGAAAUGUGAGGACCUGGUGAUAAUUAGUGGUGUGACCUGAGCGGAAGUUCUGCGGGUACCGUGAUGACCCCGUACUUUUUCUCUGCGGUCCUGUUUCUGAGGGCGGGUCAGGAUCCACCCACCGCUUCUUUCUGAUCUGAAAGUCAGGUCUGGAUCUGAUGGGGUGUGUUUAGAUUCCCUGCCGCUCCCAGGGAGCCUUUUUCUGCUGGAGUCACCUUUUCUGAGCCUGGGGAAGCACCGUGCCCCAAGCAGCCCACGCUAAGGUGGGUGUUGCCCUCCCGGCCCCACAGCUGCCACCAAGCGGUGCCCGCCAGGCCAGGCUGCAGCGGCAUCUAGAGGCCAGCCUCAGGACAGAGUGUCGUCACCGGGAUCAGAGAUGGCCACACGAGCCUCAGCGUCCGAGGGCUGCGGUGGGUGCUGCUGUGUGAGGAGGGACGUGCAGCUGUGCCACCCUGGGUGGUCAUGUGGGGCCGACAGGACCGGGGCUGGUGGAGGCGGUCCCCUGACCGUGUGCCUGCAGGUCAAAGCCCUGCCGGAUUGCUCCCGAUUAUAUCCCCACACUUUCGCUCUGCCUCUGACCCACCUGCUGCCCGCUGUCCCCUGUGUGCACAUAGCCCCCGACUGCCAUCACCCCUACACAGGAGGCCCCACUGAGGUGUCAGCUGGGUGAGGACAGGAACCAGCCCUCCCACAGUGGACAGGGCCUGGGCUUCUUUGCAGGGACAGAGAGUAAGUGCGGUGUCCUAAGGGUUCGGGAAGCUUGGGCUGGGGAAGCAUGAAGACCAGGAGGAGGGGAUGGAGUGGAACUCUCAGAGCCCCUGUCUCUCUGACACCGGGAGGGUCACUCCUGCCUUCUGAGCUGCAGUCUGCCCACCUGUCAAGAGCAGAUGUGCUACCGCCUCCUAGAGGUGUGCCCUGCAGCUCAGAAAACUACAUUUAGAGCUCCCCGAAGCUGCCUUGAGAUCGGCAUGGAGAGCUUAUGCUGGUGGGUAGUAAGCAGUGUGUCACGUAUUGUCAUACACAAGCAAUACUGCGCAGCAUUUACUGCUCCGAGCUGAGAGGUCUGUCUGGCGGAAAGCGUUGCCGGAACGGCAAAGGCGAUGUUGGGGUCAUGGCCCCGACACCUAAUGAGUUCUGAGUACCUGGGGAUCAGAGACAGCACAGCGUUUGCCCUGGAGGGGCCUGCAAACAUCCGGAGUGAGCAAAGUCAGGAGGCAGCCGAGUUCCACAUAAAGAGCCUGUAUUUCACACAACAUGCCUGUGGCCUGGAGACAGGGGGGCAGGCCACCUCUCUUUGGACAGUUGCCAGAGCACCGCUCUCUGAGGUUCUGUCGCUGGGAGCCUGACCGCAGGGAGCUGGAGACAGCAGAGUCUCAGGAUGGCCUUCUUCCAAACCAAGUCACCUGCAUUUUGUGUUGAUGCCAUCGAUUGUCAUAUGUCCCUUCGGAGAUUGUAUAGUAAGCAUUAGAUUUGAUUUUUCUUUCUUUUAAAGUAGGCU